AGCUCUGCCCGCCCGGAAAACGGUUCAUGAUCACGAUGGUGGCGAGCUUCGUGGCCAUGGCGGGGCAGUUCCUCAUGCCUGGGCUGGCCGCGCUGUGCCGGGACUGGCAGGUGCUGCAGGCCCUCAUCAUCUGCCCCUUCCUGCUCAUGCUGCUCUACUGGUCGAUAUUCCCCGAGUCCCUGCGGUGGCUGAUGGCCACCCAGCAGUUUGAGUCUGCGAAGAGGCUGAUCCUGCACUUCACACAGAAGAACUGCAUGAGCCCCGAGAGCGACAUCAAGGGCGUGAUGCCAGAGCUGGAGAAGGAGCUGUCCCGGAGGCCCAAGAAGGUCUGCAUCGUGAAGGUGGUGGGGACGCGGAACCUGUGGAAGAACAUCGUGGUCCUGUGUGUGAACUCGCUGACGGGGUUCGGGAUCCACCACUGCUUCGCCAGGAGCAUGAUGGGCCACGAGGUGAAGGUGCCGCUCCUGGAGAACUUCUACGCCGACUACUACACCGUGGCCAGCAUCGCGCUGGCGUCCUGCCUGGCCAUGUGCGUUGUGGUCAGGUUCCUGGGGCGCAGGGGAGGGCUGCUGCUCUUCAUGAUCCUCACCGCCCUGGCCUCGCUCCUGCAGCUCGGGCUCCUCAACCUGAUCGGGAAGUACAGCCAGCACCCAGACUCAGGGAUGAGUGACAGUGUCAAGGACAAAUUCUCCAUCGCGUUUUCCGUCGUGGGCAUGUUCGCCUCCCACGCGGUGGGGAGCCUCAGCGUGUUCUUCUGUGCGGAGAUCACCCCCACGGUGAUAAGGUGCGGCGGGCUGGGGCUGGUGCUGGCCAGCGCGGGCUUCGGCAUGCUGACGGCGCCCAUCAUCGAGCUGCACAACCAGAAAGGCUACUUCCUGCACCACAUCAUCUUCGCCUGCUGCACGCUCAUCUGCAUCAUCUGCAUCCUCCUGCUGCCCGAGAGCAGGGACCAGAACCUGCCCGAGAACAUCUCCAACGGGGAGCACUACACGCGGCAGCCGCUGCUGCCUCACAAGAAGGGCGAGCAGCCGCUGCUGCUCACCAACGCCGAGCUCAAGGACUACUCGGGCCUCCACGACGCGGCCGCUGCGGGCGACGGGCUGCCCGAGGGCGCCACGGCCAACGGCAUGAAGGCCAUGUAGCUGGUGGCGCCCUCCCGCAGGAGCCCCCCGGGGCUCAACGGUUUGGGGCGGUUUGGGCACGGGUUUACAGACCAGGGACCGAACGGUGGCCGGGUGGGAAAGUCCAGCUCUGCAGCCACCGCCAGCCAAUCGCGAGACUUUCAGCUGGUGUGGGGAAACUCUGUCUUUCCAAAAGUCCAAGAAAGCACGGGUUUGAGGAGACACACUCUGUGGAAAUAAUCCUUCAAUGACUUUCUUUUCUGCCAUUAAAUAUUUGUAUUUAUUUUGGUCAUUUUUACAAGAAGCACUUUAUGCCUCUCCCUCUCGCCGAUCACGAUGGAACCACCUCCUUCGGAAGCAAGAGGCAGUCGCUCCAGGGGACAUGCUGGGAGUGGCCACCGCAGUGGCCGGUCUCCUCCCUGGAAGUGGGACGCGGCUCCUUGCCCGCCACCCGGGAGCCAGACGUCACCUCGGCCGCCUGAGCCCGCCCAGGCUGCCCGCCUGUGCGCAGAGACAGGGCGCUAUCGGGCAGCGUCUCUGGGACUGCAUUUUAGACAGAGCAAAAUGUAAAUGAACUAGGUUUCUCGAGAGUCUGUGUACGGUUUUUUAAAGUCUUUUUUUCUUUCUGUUUGUACAGUAAGAGCUUCCGUUCUGUGUCGAGGGAAAGCAGCUCACAGGUAUCAUUAAAACCAGCUUAGUUUUUCUCCUGGAUCAUCCUUUCGCACCUGAUGCUGGAAGCUCUUGGGAAAAAGCUGAAACAUCUCGCCAGGAUCUUAAAUGAUCAGUGGCAGCAUCGCCACAGCUUUCUGACACCAGGUUUGCUUCGUUAAAUACACAACUAGCACCUGUGCUGAGGUCCGAGACGUUCGUUUUCCUUAAUACUCUUUCCCAGAUUUUGGCUCCAGCAGCGAAGUCCCCUCUUUCACGGUCAGCUUUUUCGCCAGCACUACUUGAAAAUGUGGCUACUUUCCCAACAACAGCAACAGGAAAAUAACUCACGGCGAUGACUGAGGCCAGUCCACAGGAGGGAGGGCUGCUCUCCCAAACACGGCCCGUCACCCACAUUUUGAGCACACACCACGGAGAUCACCAGCUUGGACGGCUGUCGCUCUCACCGACGUCACGCCAGGGGGCACCUGCGGGCGCUGGUCCCCCACGCCUUCCUCAGUCUGCUCCCUGCUUCCUGUCACUCGCUCAGCACAGAGCUGGGGCUUGGGGCAAGGAGUGGGGAUUCCUCACAGGGGAGUCCACGUGACCUCCAGCCUCUUGAAAGCAUCACGGCAAACCGAGAGAAAGCAAUAACUCACCAAAGUUCAACUCUCCCCUUGGCCCACUCUCCAAGGGUUUUCAUGGUGUUCCUCAUUUUGCCCCAGACAGUGAAGGUUUCCUCUUGGUGUUUUCAGAGGAAACUUGUAGGACACUCAGGGCCACUAAGAAACAAGCCUCCUUGGUGCGGCAGGCACCCCUCUGCAGCCCCUCAGGCAGCAGCUUUCCUGGACAACCGGCCUCUUACUAGAAUCGUCCACCUCGCCCCUUUCUGAAGAGCAUCUUUGCUGCAGGUUGUAUCCUUCCAGGGAAACCGCCGUCUCAGGCUUGGGUGAGGCAAUUACAUGAAAGUUGCUAGAAUUCAAAGGGCCAGAAAAGGGGUUGACCUUCUCCCCUUGCAGCGUCCCACCUGGUCUGCUGCUUGCUGUCUCCGCCUGUCUCUCCUCCACGUCUGGUCCACACGUCGGUAGGAGCCCACUGACUCAUAAAGACACGGUAAGGGGCAAACGCACCCACAGCCAGGUGUUUCCAACAGCUGAACCACGCUGUCUCGCCCACCAACACCUGGGGUAUCAGAGCCCUGCGCAGAGCCCAGUGCCCGCGAAGGGAUGCUCUCUGGCCGGCCUCUCCCCAGCUCCACCUGAUCCAGUUCCAGCUCAUCCUCACCUUCCUGGUCUCUUUUUUUAAGUCACUUUUGUUCCGUGUUUCAAUGCUAGUUUGCAUUCACCUUUGCAAGGCCUUUUAGAUCCACGCAGCCUUCCUGUGCGAAACUUGUGAGAUACCUUUUCUGGAGUACUUGCUACAAAGCCACUUGGCAGCAAACCCAUUAAGUACAGGAUAGAACAAAUCCAGCAGCCAGGCCAGUUGGCAGCUGGGGAAGGUGGGAAGGAACCAGCGAGGCCCCUGAGCCUGCACCUGGACAGGUGCCCGUCUGCACCCAUCCCCCUAGCACGAGGCCACCCUGCAACCCACUUACUGUACUGCAGGACUUGUUAAGUAAGGCAAGUUGUGAACAGUGUCAACACUGGUCACGCAGACCUUUAUGAAGCAAUGCAUCGAAGCUGUAGAGUGCUGCCAGGAAUCCUAGGAAGGUGCAGGCAAGGUAUAGCACUCACAGACUUCUGGUCCACGGUCUCUGAUCUCCACCUUGAAUGACAACAAUAAAACACUGCUCAUCACAUCAGCAAUCGGGACUAAGAAGCUAGCUUUGAGGCCCAGGCUCUUGGGAGCAAAGUCUAGCAGAUGUGAGGCCGACUUGCCAACAGCUGGCAGGCGCUAUCUCCUGGCUGGCAAGCAGGUCCCACCGCUCUCCUCUCAGGGCAGCCUGCUCCUGUUCUGUUGCCGCCUCGGCUUAGGGAUACCUGAAGCUCUUGAGGAACACCUUUAUGAGAUGGAGCCAAAGCAGACAAUGUGGGCAGAGCCCCAUGAAAUCCAGCACCAAGGGAGCAAGGCACACCCAGGCCUGACACAUCCGGGCCACCUGGCUCCUGGCGGGGGGAGGCUGCUGUGGCCACCAGCUCCCUGGCACCAGUCUGUUGAGCUUGAGCCCCUCGGUCCCGCCUCCUUCGCGGUCAGUAGGGAGAUACUUCUCAGGCUCCUGCUGCCUCAGCUCAGCCCUUCCACCCCCAGGGAAACACAGAAAGCUGUGCACUCCCUGCUACUCCCCUCCACCCACCCCUGCAUCCUGCUAGCCUGUCAGGGAGCUGUGGCUUCUCAAUAAAAGUGAUGCACAAAUGUGAACACCUGAGACAGAGCUGGAUAUUUGUUCAUUUUAUUCUUUUCCAGAAAUCAGUUACUCUUACAAAGUACCUUAAUUAUUAGCACCCAAGACAAUUAGGGAAAAGUUUUAAAUGUUUUUGUCUUCUAAGAGUAAAAUCACCUGCAACUGGAGAACGGGCUGGGAAGCUCGUUUGGCCACACGCGAGGGAAGCAUUGCACUUAAGUCGCUACGGCUUCCCGGGCCAAACGGAAGUGCUGAACUGCAAGUGCCAUAAGUGUGACAUCACAUCACCCAGCCCCUGGGCAGCACGCGUGCUGGGCCACACUCGACUCUGUCUUCUUAUCUUAGAAAGACACCACCUCACUUUAAUGUAUUGUGUGUGUUUCGGAAAAGCAGUAUGGUGUGUUCUGUCUAGCGGGGAGUUCUUCCCUCCCUCUGUCCUUUCUGCAGCCCAACCGUUUGAGGUUGUGCUAGAAGAACCGUGUUACUGUACAUGUCGCUGGGACUCCUGACGGUGCUCCUUCAUAGCACAAGCUGACGCUGAGUUCUGAGCUGUCGUCCACAGCUGCGUGUCUGCAUGGUGUCGCAUCUGUUGUACCUUUGGGGAAAAUUUGUAUGUAAAUGUACAGAAAUAAAAAUGUUGCCCCAUUAACAGAUUUCCUCUGGAAUGUCUUCCCUACCUCACCUGAUGGUAUCCAACGAAGGGCAUCUCACUACCGUGAUGACGAGUAAUAAAAUCCUCCGUGUUUAUUCAGACCUUGCCGCGUCACUGCUUGGCGCUGCCUCUGUAAGCCAAGUCUUCGACUGCCCCGAGGGGCGGUGGGCGGCCUCUCACUCUGCUUUGAGAGUCCGAGUCUUAAAAGGUAGUCAGAGACUGGAUUAAGCAUAAACUGUUUAUCUAAUGCCAUUCUCAGACCACCUGAAAGAUGGGGGAGGGUCAUCAGUAAAUUUAAGAGGCGUUUUUUUCUCCCGUUCACUUAUGUUCUGCUGACCCGUGGCCUGUUGGUUCCUAGAGAGCUCAAGAAAUGAGUCUCUUACACUGUGACUGUGAGGAAAGACUGACUACCCAAAACUCUCUUCUCUAAUGUAGUGUUUUUUAACCGAAAGACGUUAUUUCUUUAAUAAAGGAUUUAUACCAAA